ACAGUCUACGUGGGGAAGAAAGGUUGGUCCGCCCGUGUUUGAACGCCGUACGCACCCAGCAGCAGAAAUGUCCAAUCCAGGUUAACUCUUCCGUCUUCCCUGCGAAACAGUCUUCCCCACUCUCCACCCAACUUCACCCAACCUCCGCCCACUUUCAUUGAAGCAACGAAAGCAACAGUUGGGGCGUAUAAAUGGCACGGGGAGGCGACAACGGGCUGUAAUGCUGCGCCGGGUGCGGCAGUCUCUCCGGCAGGUGCUGUUUCUGAUGGCCCGGAGACCGGACCUUCUCUGCGGGGCUAUCGUGCUCAGCGUCCUGCUCAUACUGGCUGUUAAGUUCACAUGCAGCCGUGCUAAAAAUGUGGUGGCACCAGCUCGACCUCCUGUGCGGUUCUUCUCUGCUGAGGCCCCAGUAGUCGACCUCUACAUGGGUCAACUGGACCAGGUGGAGCGUCUGAAGAGCGUCGCAGAGGUGUCUCUCAUUUUCUUCUACGCUCCAUGGUGCGCUCACUCCAUGGCUGCUCGACAGGAAGUGCAGCAGGUUGCUAAGAAGCUGGCCAAACAGGUGCAGUUUGUGGCUAUUAACUGCUGGUACAGUCAGGGCAAAUGCAGGAGGCAAACCCACUUCUACCAGUAUCCCAUCAUUCAUCUGUUUUACAGAAGGUUUGGGCCGAUUGAGUACAAAGGUCCAUUUGUGGCUCCGUAUGUGGAAAGUUUUGUCCUCCGAGUCAUCACGCCACUCACUUACCUGCCAUCAAAAGACACACUCAAAGACUUCCUCUCCUACCACGAGUCUCGAGUGGUGGGCUUCUUCCAGUUUAACUCCUCCCCUCAGCCGCCAGGAUACAUCACAUAUUUGUCGUCUGCCCUGCAGGCUCUUAAAAGAGAUUUCUACGGAGUUGUACGUUUCGGGGUGGUCACCAACAAACAGGUGGCAGAAGCCAUCUCACUAAACGAGGAUGAAACUGUUUACCUCCACAGAAGAUUCAACUCCCCUUUGAUUUUCCCUCGACUGGAACGUAACUUCACGUCGGAGUCCAUCUCGAGCUGGGUGUUUGAAAACCGCGAGACGGUCCUCCACUGGCUGCAGCCGCCGGGAACAAAGUCCCGCCUCCUGGAGCAGGAGCUGACCAAAGGUCCUGCGCUGCUGCUCUUCCUGCCGCAUAAUCCACUCAAGUCCAAUCCCAUUCUGCACCAGAUUGCUGAUGUCGCUCUGCGCUAUCACUCCUGCGAAAAGAAUAACCACUCCGGUUUGGACAGACGUUUGGACACCUCCCACCCGCUGUGCUGUCAGUCGCUGCUUCUCCCCGAGUCCAGUACAAAUGUGUGCGACGUGUGUCUCAGCUCGUCGGGAUCAAAUCGGACCCGCCCGUCCAUGCGCUGCGCGUUCCUCUCCACAGCUCGGGGCGGAGACGCGGUGCAGUCUUAUCUGCGACACUGCUGCCUCCACCAACUCCCUGCUCCCGUGUCCUCGUCGGGCUGUAGCAGCUUUCUGAACAGCUACAGUCCCUUCAGUCAAUACAGUGCCUGCUGCAGAAAAGUACAACCUCAACUCAGUGACUCACAAGCCAAAGAGGAGCCAGACUCGCAAAGACUUUCUCCUACGACGCCUUCUUUGUCCUUGCCGCCGCCUUCUGUCACGCAGCGGGGGGGCGACGGUGGCAUCACGGGGCUGCGUUGUCAGACCAACAGGACGCUCAGGUUUUAUUUGUUGGACGUUGCGCUGAACUGGCCGCUGGCCGUGAGGCUCGGAGCGACGGGCGACAGGACUUCAUCUCUUCACCAUGAGGCCGGUUCAUCAGGCGACGCCCACAACAACAGCAGCAGCAGCAGCAGCAGCAGCGACAGGUCGUUUGCAGCUAUUGUGAACCUGAAGGACGAGGUCCAUUAUGUGCUCCAUCGCAACGCAGCGUCCACACUAACAGAGUCUCUGGAGGCCUUUAUCAGGAAUUUCAGCGCUCCGUACAGUCUCUUGGACAGACACUUGGUGGGAGAGGAGACGCAGAGUGGAGGUGAAGAGGAGCACCAGCAGACGUCGCCUCGCCCCCUCAUCGCAGAACUCACCACCUCCUCGUUCCUGCCCUCCAUCAUGGAUCUUCAGAAGGACGUGCUGCUGUUUUACUACACUCAGUGGUGCGGAUUCUGCUCCGUUCUCAACCACAUCAUCAUCCAGCUGGCCCGAUUGUUACAGGGCAACAGCACCAUCACUGUGGCCAGGGUGAACGUUGCCCGCAAUGAUCUGCCCUGGGAGUUCAUGGUGGAUCACGUUCCUUCCAUCCUUCUCUUCCCUAAAUACAGAAAACACUUCAGUGUAAAGUUUCCUGACAAUCUUCCCAUCACGCUGCCCAACCUCCUGCACUUCAUCCUGCAACACUCUGGCUCUGCGCACGACGCAGACAAACCGGUGUCAUCGCCCGAGGCGGACGCUUCAGGGCCCAGAUCCGUCCUCCGCGCCGAAGUCCUCGCCCUGCAGAGUGAACUCCAAGUGCUCCAUCAAGCCCGCGAACGUCUCUCCCGACAGCUGGCGCAGUUGUGGCGCGACAACCGGCGCCUGAUGUUUGACGCUCAGAGCUUAGAGGCUCAGAACGCCGAGCUGCAGCGAGAGAGGCAGAGCCUCGAGGAGCGGCACGAGGAGAAAAGCCGGCAGCUCGGGGACGCGGUCAGGCGCCUGCAGGAGCUGGCGGACACUUCAGAACACCUGCUGAACCAGAACAUGCUGCUCAGGAUCCUGCUGAAGGCGCUGAAGGACAGGACGGAGGCAGAGAGGAGAGAGUCGGAACAGAAAAGAAGCCAUUUGGCCUCCUGAACACGAGACUGCGGGGAAGCAUGAGGGAGAACGAGCAGGACUGGAGAGGAUGAGGAGAAAUGAAGCUGUGAUUUAACCUGAGGGAAUAAAACAGACCCAAAGAAAGGCAACGACCUAGUAAAUUAUAGUAAGAGAAAAUCAGGAGGAAAGGACAAUUAUUGUGAUUGAGUCAUGACAAGUAAAAAAAACCCAACCUGUGAUGAUGGUGGGCGUGUCCUCACUUAAGAACACUGUAGCGUGGGAAUUCAGUGCCAACUGUUUCGUUUCAGCGACAUUUUUCCUAAAAAACUCUGCAGCUAAACUCAUGUUACUGUAAAUCCUCACAAGAAACACUAGUUUUAAACAGUGGCUUCGAUCAUGACCAGCACAAAGAGGGGGUACAUUAGCAAAUUAAAGGCAAGAUCACAUGCUUAAUGUACAUUUUCACAGCUCUAAUUCUAUCAGUGCCACUCUGCUUUUUACUCUAUGAUUGGUGAUGAAGAAGCACGGAGACGAGAUGUGCAGAGUAACAACAUCACCUCAAAACACUAAAGAACGGGAUGUUCUUUUCACAUUAAAAGCCUUACUGUGAAAGGAAGUUGCUCUACUUUUAUUGUUAAACUCCUGGGAGGUGUUGACAUUUCCUUUACUGCUCCAUAAUUUGGUUUAUGAAUCAAUUGAACUAAAAAAAAAUGACCUAAAAACAAUUGGAAAUGCAGGUGAAAUGGAAGUUAUUUCCAAAUGCUGAGCUGUCGGACAACCUUUACACUUUAAUUCAGAGAAUCAAGGUCAAAAUGUACAAACAAACGCUUCAAAGUUAGUUAAGAAUUGAGUUUUCAGUAAUAAAUAAGAAAUAAAUAUUAAAUUGUCCAUUAAACUCAUAACGACUCAAUAAACUAAAAUAACUUGUCUCUUUUUGUGUAAUUAGUAAGUUUUUUUGGGGGGAAAUUAAAUGUUAGCUCUUGCACUGGUGGAGUUGUUGCUGUGGAAAUAAACAUUAUGUUUAGGAAACAAGGAUAUGAUGAUGAUGAUGAGUGUUGGCUGCAGGGAGAAGCAAGGGCUAUUAAUGAAGCUGACAUUGUUUCACCUACGAUGUGUAGGAGUGCAAACAAUAACAAUAUGAGCACUUGAAAUAAUCUCACUUUUCUUUUUUGAAGGGGGAAACAAAAUCUUUUUUUUUCGAGGAAUCACUGAUUCCUUGAGUCACUAAACUAUUAUUUCAAGCUAUUCAGGUAUUAAAAGAUUGAGAUGCUGCAAUUGUUUACAUGUGAAAUGUUGCACCAGUUUGUACUGAUUGAUUAAAAAAAACAAAAAGUC